CAUAUUUUGUGGUUUUUUGUACUCAAUCACAAAUAAUGUAGUCUUAGAGGCUCCUUACAAUGUGUAAACUUUGAAAUAAUUUCACUUAAAUCAAUCAGAUGCAUGGAUUGCGCAUCAUCCGUUAAAUGAAUAAAACUAAAAAAAGAUAUUUAUAUAUAAUGGCAGGUGUGAGUAAGUUUAGAAGUGGGUGGCGGUUAACCAGUCCUUAUAUAGAUGACAUCUUAUUUGUUUUAAGGGUAAUAAGUCUAAUAACUUAUUAGUAAGACCCGUGUUCUAUCUUUUACUACGUAUUACUGUAAGAAAUAUAUUUUUUUGGAAUACCUUUUCAUAUAUUGUAUAGGGAAUGCCAGCCAGUGUUCAAAUAUAUACCUCUGGAAAGGACUCACAAUCCCCUGUUGCUCGGCGUAGUUUUUUCCGGUGCUCCACUGUGCAGAUGAGAUGGAACAGUGGGUCAACUGGACUCCUAGUGUUGGUGCAAUCAGAUGUUGAUAAAACUAAUCAGAGUUACUAUGGCGAGACAAAGUUAAACUACUUGACUUCUGAUGGGGCCCAUGAAGGACUUGUUCCUCUUCGUAAAGAAGGGCCUGUUCAUGACGUUCAGUGGUCAUACACUGGCAAAGAAUUUGCAGUUGUUUAUGGAUUUAUGCCUGCCAUGGCAACAAUAUUUGACAGGAAAUGCAAUCCCCUUCUUGAGCUUGGGACAGGCCCAUACAACACAAUUAGAUGGAACCCAAAAGGAAAGUUUAUAUGCUUGGCCGGAUUUGGGAACUUGCCCGGUGAUAUGGCAUUCUGGGAUUAUGUUGAAAAGAAGAAAGUCGGAGUUACCAAGGCUGAAUUAUCAGUGUCAAGUGAAUGGUCUCCUGAUGGGCGUUACUUCAUGACUGCCACAACAGCUCCUAGGCUCCAAGUUGACAAUGGGAUUAAAGUAUUUCACCACAAUGGAGCACUGUACUUCAAGAAGAUGUUUGAAAAAUUGUACCAGGCUGACUGGAAACCCGAGUCACCAGAUAAGUUUGGUGAACUUUCACAACUCGUGGAGGCUGUCGACUCUCUGAAAAUUGGCGAGACUAAAACUCAAGGACAAGGAUCAAAAACAUCCAAAACCAUACCUGCCAACCCUCCUACACAAAAGCCCGCUGCUUAUCGUCCCCCGCAAGUUAAGGAAGCAGCAGCUAUCAAAGCGCAGUUACUUGGUGAAAGUCCUUCAGGAGAGAUGAGUAAGAAUGCUUUGAGAAACAAGAAAAAGAGGGAAAAGCAAAGGGAGAAAAAGGCAGCCGAAGCUGCUUCUUCUGCCCGUGAAUGAAAGAUUCAUGGCCAAAAGAAGCCGUUGUCAAGUUCCCACCCGUUUUUGCACCGUGUUUGGGCCGAGCUGAGGCCCAUUGGUUUUGGAGCCUCGAAGCUGAGCUAAUUCAGUUGAGUUGCUUCUGUCUUACCACCUCCCACAAAUGUAUUGUGUUUUGUGUUAUUCAGCAUUUGUUCUGUGCUGCACUUCUUUGGUGAUUGUUUCAUUUAAUGUUGUGUUAGGAUAUAUUUCUAAUUUUUUUUUAAAAUUUUAAAAUAUAUGUUGUUUGCUGAAAUAUUAUACGGCAUUAUAUCAUAGUCUUCAUAGCCAAACUGGGGUCAAACCGGUUUUGUCAUUUAUUCAUAAGGGCAGAUCCAGGAUUAAACGUUAUUUAUGGUG